GCUGCGCCUCGACGCCUCCAUUCCCAUCUAUAAAUAAGUAAGAGACUUAAAGACAUAAACAUACACAAUUAAGAAAGAUAAUUAACUUAAGUCAAUACAAAAACACAUAUUAAUCAAGAAUGGUGGUGGCUAAUGAUCUCUCUUCCAAAAUUCUCCCCAGAGUUCUCAUCGUGUCUCGUCGGACUCUACGCAAGAACAAGUUCGUGGACUUCGUAGGAGAGUACCAUCUAGAUCUCAUCGUCUCCUCCGGUGCCGUCCCUGUAAUCGUGCCACGUGUCACCGGGAUCCACUCUCUGCUACAGAGCUUCGAGCCCAUCCACGGUGUCCUCCUCUGCGAAGGAGAAGACGUCGACCCUUCUCUCUACGCCGACGUAGAACUCCCGGGACUCUCGCCGGAGGACAUGGACGAGAUCAGGAGGUUGCACGCAGGAGACACGACCAUCGACCGAGAGAAAGACAGCAUCGAGCUGACUCUGGCCAGGCUCUGUCUCGAAAGGAAUAUUCCUUACUUAGGCAUUUGUCGUGGCUCUCAGAUUCUCAACGUCGCCGCCGGAGGAACUCUCUACCAAGACGUCGACAAGGAAAUCGGAACUACGACGAAACAUAUAGACUACGACAACUACGACGAGCACAGACACGCGGUUAGAGUUUUGGAGGAGACACCGUUGCACAAGUGGUUCGAGGAGAAGGAUCAGAUAAUGGUGAAUUCGUAUCACCAUCAAGGCGUGAAGAGACUUGCGAAGAGCUUCGUGCCCAUGGCAUACGCUCCUGAUGGUUUGAUCGAAGGGUUCUAUGACCCGAAUCGAUAUGAUCCAGAGGAAGGCCAGUUCUUGAUGGGUCUACAGUUUCAUCCCGAGAGGAUGAGAAUCUCAGGCUCUGAUGAGUUUGAUUAUCCAGGAUGCGCUUCUGUUUAUCAGGAGUUUGUGAAAGCUGCGAUCGCUUUCCAGAAGAAACAACUCAACGCAACAGAGAUGGUGAUGAUGAUGGAGACGACGAAGAAGAAGACGCUAGUCAAAAGCUUCUCCGGAGCUGAGUUUCUAGAGGCAAAUACGGUUCUAAGCAAGCAACAAGAGAAUAGGCUGAAGCAGAUGGGAGCAACGGUGAGGAACUCAUGUGUGUAUAUGAAAAGGAUGAAAAGGAAAGAGGAGCAAGAGAGGGCAAUGGACAAGUUGUCCACUGAGCGUUUGUCUGAUCUGCUUUCCUUCCACCGUAUGAUGGCUCGUCUUUGCUCCGAUGCCAUCCAGAGGAAGCUACUAGAACCUGCAGAUAGGACCGUCGAGUCCUUCUCAUUCCUCAACUACUAG